CCCUCCAUUUUUAAAAUACACACAACACGCACUCCCAAAUCCUCCAUUUUGAUGCCUCCAUUCUCCCCCAUUUCGUUGCUAACCCUAACCUUGUCUUCCCUUUAUUUUUACCUCCGAUGGCACCCUUAGACCCUCACUCCUUCACCGAUUCGACCCACACUUUGACAACCCACAUCGCCCUUUCCCUCUACUUCGACUUCCCUUCCGCCACCAUCCACGGCGCUGCUCUCUUCACUCUCUCUUCCCCUCACUCCGGCCCGCUCUGCCUUGACACGCGCUCCCUUUCCAUCCACCGAGUCCUCUCCCCUUCCACCCUUUCCCCUCUCCCUUACUCCCUCUCGCCUUUUUGCGACCCCAUCAAAGGAACCCACCUCUCCCUUUCACUCCCAAACGACGUCGCCCUCUCUUCUUUCCUGAUCACUUUCUCCACUUCCCCUUCCUCCUCCGCCCUCCAGUGGCUCUCUCCGCCGCAGACGUUCAACAAAAAACACCCUUUCGUUUACACUCAAUGCCAAUCCAUCCACGCGCGCUCCGUUUUCCCUUGCCAAGACACCCCCGCAGCCCGAAUCCGUUAUUCUGCUUUACUCAAUGUUCCCCGAGAAUUAUCCGCCGUUAUGUCCGCUCGCCACGUCGACAGGCGGUUACCGGUUUCCGGUGAAGGGUAUUCGAAUUUGUUACCCAAUGGGUUUAAUUCUUUAUGGUGUUCUGAAACGAGGGUAGUCGAGGAAUUUGAUAUGAACCAGCCGAUUCCGCCUUAUUUAUUCGCGUUUGCAGUUGGGGAGUUAGGAUUCAGGGAAGUGGGGCCGAGGACUAGGGUUUACUCAGAGGCGGCGGAUGGUGUUUUGGAGGCUGCUGCUAAGGAGUUUGCGGGGACGGAGGAUAUGAUAAGGCAAGGGGAGAAGCUGUUUGGGGAUUAUGAGUGGGAGAGGUUUGAUUUGCUUGUUUUGCCGCCGAGUUUUCCUUAUGGUGGAAUGGAGAAUCCGAGGAUGGUGUUUUUGACUCCAACUGUAAUUAAAGGAGAUGCUAGUGGGGCUCAGGUCGUGGCCCAUGAACUCGCGCAUAGUUGGACUGGGAAUUUGAUUACUAACAAGAACAAUGAACAUUUUUGGUUGAAUGAGGGAUUUACAACAUAUGCAGAGAGGAGAAUUGUUGAGGCUGUGCAGGGUGAAGACAGAGCUGUAUUGAGUAUUGGGAUUGGUUGGAGGGGCUUAAAUGAUGAAAUCAAGAGGUUCCAGGACAACUUGGAAUUCACCAAGCUCAAAACCAAUCAGGAAGGAGUGGACCCGGACACAUUUUAUUCCCAAGUUCCAUAUGAGAAAGGUUUUCAGUUCCUAUGGUGCAUUGAACGUCAGAUUGGAAGACCAGCAUUUGAUGAAUUUCUCAAGAAAUAUAUUGCCACCUUCAAGUUCAAAUCAAUUGACACUGAGACAUUUCUUGACUUCCUGAAAGCAAAUGCCCCUGGAAUAGAAAAAGAGAUUGACCUGGUCUUGUGGACUGAAGGGACAGGUAUCCCACCCGAUGCAUAUGAACCGGUAUCCAACCUUUACACCAAAAUUGUGUCAUUGGCAAAUGAAUUCAAACUUGGGAGGAUGCCGAGGGAGGAUGAAGUUGCUGAUUGGCAAGGGCAGGAAUGGGAGCUCUACUUAGAGAACCUGCCUAAAGUUGUAGAGGCUUCCCAGGUCUUUGCCUUGGAUGCACGCUACAGGCUAUCAGAAUCAAAUGAUUAUGAGGUAAAAGUGGCUUUUCUUCAACUAGCCAUUUUGUCCAAGUGCAGAGAUUUCUAUGGUGAGGUGGAGAAAACUUUGAAGGAAGUUGGGAGGAUGAAGUACGUUCGUCCACUUUAUACUGCUCUUGUACAAGGUAUUGGAAAAGAGGAAGAGAAGAUUUUGGCCAAAAGGGUGUUUGCUGAGGCUCGUGACUGUUAUCACCCCAUAGCUCAAGGAGUUGUUGAGUCAAUCUUUGCCAAGCACCUCUAGAAUGGUACAUAACACUAUGUAAUAAAUAGUAUAUUAGAAUCUUAAUCAAAGAUGAUCGAGGCCUAUAAUGCUGAGAUUGGAGAUUUAGUGGGCAUUAUCAUGCCUGCUGAUUUUGUUGAUAGAUGCUUCUUGCUUGGCUGAUAUGGCCUUUUAGAUAGUGCUUGAGAAAUAUGCUAUGCCUAAAGUUUACUGUUAUGUGCUUCAACGCCUGGCAAAUGUUGUUUCUAUUCGGAUGCUUUUAACCAUAAUUAAUCUAAAGAUUGAAGGGAAUCCGUAACUUUAUGACUUUA